AAAGUGAGGCUUCGUUUUUCGGUGGUCUCGCGAUUUCUACGUUAACAGCACAAGCCUCGAAUCUUUCCGGGCUUCUGGCGCCUCAGUUCAAACCUGGUUCAAACGUGCAUCGCUAUCCGCAUGUGACUUUCUUUUUUUGAGGACGAAGUGUUGGAGAUCUCACUCAGAAGAGUUUGAGGGUCUGUUCAGCUUCAUCAUGGAUCACACACAAACUUUUUCUCCAGGAUGCAGUUCAGUUGAUCAGAAGAGAUCAGAACCAGAGCCCAGCUGUGUGUUUAUGAAGAGUGACGAGUCUAUAGAUCAUCCACAACAAUUCAGUUCAGUUCACCAGAAGAAAUCUGAAGCAGAGCCCAGCUGUGUGUCUAUGAGGAGUGACGCUUCUUUGUAUCGUCCAGUUAAUUUUAAGAGUGAUGACACAAGGUCAGUCCUGCAACACAGAUCAGAAACAAAACCCGUCUGUGAGAAAUAUGACCAGUCUAUGAUCCAACCACAAGACAGCACGUAUCCUGGUGUGAGGUUGUAUAAUAGUGGCAUCACAGAUGAAGGUUGUGCUGCUCUGGCUUCAGCUCUGAGAUCAAACCCCUCACACCUGAGAGAGCUGGAUCUGUCUGAGAAUAAACUAGGAGAUUCUGGUCUGACACUUUUCUGUGCUGGACUGGAGGAUCCUCAUUGUAGACUGGAGAAACUGUGGUUGAGGGAUUGUGGCGUCACAGAUGAAGGUUGUGCUGCUCUGGCUUCAGCUCUGAGACACCUGAGAGAAGUGAAUCUGUCGUGGAAUAAACUAGGAGAUGCUGUGAAGCUGCUUUCUGAUGCACUACAGAAUCCUCACUGUAAACUGGAGAAACUGUGGUUGAGGGAUUGUGGCGUCACAGAUGAAGGUUGUGCUGCUCUGGCUUCAGCUCUGAGAUCAAACCCCUCACACCUGAGAGAAGUGAAUCUGUCGUGGAAUAAACUAGGAGAUGCUGUGAAGCUGCUUUCUGAUGCACUACGGAAUCCUCACUGUAAACUGGAGACACUGUGGACUCUCAGUAUUCAGACGUCAGUCCAGUUUCCUCAGGAUCAGCUGAUGGCAUACAGAGACGUCACAGUCACACAAUCAGCAGAGACUGAAGACACAAAGACACACAGCAUCACACUGUCACUAUUUCAUUUUAUACUGGCCCAUGAAAAUGAGUGCUGAAAAUUAGUUACUGAAACGUGAAGAGAAUUAGCUCACCAUUGCAACAGUGUAUGGUUUAUCAGUAUUCUUCAAGACAUCUCAGGUAUUUUUCAAAAGGAUAAUGUAUAUUUAAAAUGCAAUGCUAAUCGACAUAGCCUUUAUCACUGUAUAGAAUACUGUAAAAAAUCU